AUGCGCUGCUUAUCCAACCAGUUUUUGCCAGUGGUGACUCCUUGCCUUCGCUGCUUCGGCUCCUACGCGCGGAUUUCGACUUUUCCGCAAGUUGCCGCUGCUCCCGCGGUUCUCCGCAUUUCCGCGGCUUCCGCGGUUCUCCGCCUCUCCGUCUCCGCUUCCGCUUCCGCCUCCGCCUUCACCCGCAGCAGAACUCUCGCUUGGCGUUCCGCGAACCCUCUCUCUGCGCAAAUUGCAGCACCUGUAACAGCGUUCGCGAAACCUUCGCGAAAAUCAACGAGCGUGAUAGCGAUGGCGAGCGAAUCUGCGGCGGCGGCGGCUGAAGCGGUUAAGACGAUGGAAAUCAGCGACACAGAGAAGGGUCAGGAGGGCAGCCCGCUGGUUACCACGUGCAACAACCCCAAGUUCGGGGAUUACCAAUGCAACAACGCCAUGGGCAUCUGGUCGCGCAUCAAGGGAUCCACCACCGAUUUCAAGAACCCCAACGCCAUUGGCCAGGCAAUUGCCAAGAACCUGCCGCCCUCCCCAAUGGUGGAAAAGACGAGCAUCGCCGGCCCGGGCUUCGUGAACAUCGUUUUAACGCAAGCCUGGCUGGAAGACCACGUGUCUGGCGUCUUGAAGGGCGCUGGCAUUGCUGCCUGGGCGCCCAGGCUGCCCGUGAAGCGGGCAGUGGUGGACUUCUCGUCGCCCAACAUCGCCAAGGAGAUGCACGUGGGGCACCUGCGGUCCACCAUCAUUGGUGACACGCUGGCCAGGAUGCUGGAGUACUGCCACGUGGAGGUGCUCAGGAGGAACCAUGUUGGCGACUGGGGGACGCAGUUCGGCAUGCUCAUUGAAUACUUGUUCGACAAGUUCCCCGACUGGGAAACCAUCGGCGAUCAAGCAAUUGGAGAUCUCCAAGUCUUUUACAAGGCGGCCAAGAAGCGCUUUGAUGAGGACGCGGAGUUCAAGGAGAGGGCGCAGAGGGCGGUGGUGAAGCUGCAGGGCGGGGAGGAGGAGUACCGCAAAGCGUGGGCCAAGAUCUGUGACGUCAGCAGGAAGGAGUUUGACCUGGUUUACCAACGGCUGGGAAUCAAGCUAGAGGAGAAGGGCGAGUCGUUUUACAACUCGCGCAUCCCUGCCGCUCUCGAGAAGCUGAAAGCCGCCGGGCUGGUGGUGGAGAGCGAGGGGGCACAGUGCAUAUUCGUGGAGGGUCACAAGGUGCCUCUCAUUGUCGUCAAGAGCGACGGUGGCUUUAACUAUGCCACCACGGAUCUUACCUGCCUGCUCUACCGCAUAGAGGAGGAGAAGGCGGAGUGGGUCGUGUACGUCACGGACGUGGGCCAGUCGCAGCACUUCGACAUGUUCUUCAAGGCGGCUCAAAAGGCGGGCUUCUAUGCUGGCAAGGCCAAGAAGGGCAAGGCAGCUGCAGCGAGUGAGGAGGGAAGCACAGCACCUGCUAUUCGUGUUGAUCACGUGGGGUUCGGGCUGGUGCUGGGCGAGGAUGGGAAGCGGUUCCGCACGCGUAGCAGCGAGGUGGUGCGGCUGGUGGACCUGCUGGACGAGGCUGUCACCCGCGCCAAGCAGGGGCUUGUGGAACGAGGCCGGGAGGGCGAGUGGAAGGAGGAGGAGGUCAAUGCAGCAGCAGCAGCUCUGGGCUAUGGAGCAGUCAAAUACGCUGAUUUGAAGAACAAUCGGCUCACCAACUACACAUUUGACUAUGACCAAAUGCUGGAUAUGAAGGGCAACACGGCGGUCUACCUGCUGUACGCACACGCGCGUAUCUGCUCCAUCAUUCGCAAGUCUGGGAAGAACGUAGAGGAGAUUGUUCAGAGUGGAACGAAGCUCAGAUUGGACCAUCCGAGUGAGCGGGCUCUCGCGCUUGAGCUCAGCCGAUUCUCCGAGGUUGUUGAGAGUGCAGUGCAGGAUUUGCUUCCCAACACGCUAUGCGAGUAUCUCUACAACCUCUCUGGGAGCUUCACCACAUUCUACACCAACUGCCAGGUGGUUGGGAACGAGUACGAGGAUAGCCGGCUCAUCUUCUUUGCGAAGCGCACUCGCGGGAAGAUCGCUCGGCGGAAGCUGGCUCGGGAGGAGGGGGAGGGGGGAAUGGGGGAAGUUGCGGGAACGGGGGCAGCGGGAAGAUUGCGCGUGAGAGCGUUGACAGAGGAGGAGGUGGAUGUUGAGGGGGAGAGCAUUGCUGACGACUACUACUCCAUUCUCGGCUUGACGUGCGACGCGACGCCCGAGGAGAUCAAGCGCGCGUACUACGCGUGCAUGAAGGCGUGCCAUCCCGAUCUCAGCAACAACCACCCCGACAGCGUCGCCUUCUGCUCCUUCGUCAAUGAGGUGUACGAGGUACUAAGUGAUCCCGAGAUGCGGCUCGUGUACGAUGAAAUCAAGGGCUAUUCGCUGACGUCGAUCAAUCCGUUCAUGGACACGCGACACGAGAAAGACCAAGUGUUUGUCGACGAGUUCACCUGCAUCGGUUGCAAGAACUGUGCUAAUACCGCGGAGGAGACAUUCGAGAUCGAGGAGAUGUGGGGGCGCGCGCGCGUGUGCAACCAGGGCGGCAACCCGCCCGCCAAGAUCCAGGAGGCCGUUGAGACAUGCCCCGUGUCGUGCAUUCACUGGGUGACAGCGCCGCAACUGGCGCUUCUAGAGGACGAAAUGCGAAGGAUGGAGCGAGUGAGCGUCGCCAUCAUGCAGGCACAGAGCAGCCGCGGGGCCGAUGUGUUCAUGCAGGCGAAUUCCAGAUGGGAGAAGCGACGCACGAGAGCACUGUCCAAAGCAAAGGCGCAGGCAGCAAGGGACGGGAAGGCAGGCAAGUACAACAAGCCACUGUGGGAGACCAUGGGUGAGGCCAUGGGGAUGGGCGGGGAGCGAUCGUCGUGGAGAGGCGACACUGAUGACGUGUAUGAUAAGGCUGCUAGCGGUGGUAACCCUAUCAACCAGGAGAAACUUUCUCAGUUUGGUUCACACAAUGGAAGCUAA